AUUUCCGGGUCGGGCCAGCAGCAGCAGCGCCGUAUGUGUGAGGGAAGGCGUCGCCGCUGCGGGCGGCGAUGGAGCGGGACUUGCUCCGCCAGGCGCUCGGCUUCCACGGGCCCACGCUCCUGCCCCUCCUGCGGACCGAGCAGCACGACAACCCCGAUUUCCGCGGCCUCCUGCCGCCCGGGGGGGCCGCUCUGGAGACGCUGCCGCCUGCCAGGAAAGAAAGAGGAAUAGAUAAUGUUGAAAUACAGCACUUCAUUGCAAAAAAAGCCGAUCUCCUCUUUUCUCAUUCUUGGAAAACAAAUGUGCCAACGACGACAGAAGCAAAUGAAGAAAAUGAAGAUUAUUACGCUACUAUGCCGCCUUUGGAGCAGUUUAUGGAUAUUCCUGGCACCGAGAGAAGAGAGCUGUUUUUCCGUGAUAUUGAACGUGGGGACAUAGUGAUUGGAAGGAUUAGCUCUAUUCGAGAGUUUGGUUUUUUCAUGGUACUCUUCUGCCUGAGAAGUGGCGUCAUUCGAGAGAUAGCAGAUUUGGAAAUCACCGCUCUUUGUCCACUGAGAGAUGUGCCUUCCCUUAGCAGCCAUGGUGACCCCUUAUCAUAUUAUCAAACCGGUGACCUCAUCCAAGCUGCAAUCAAGGAUAUCGAUCGCUACCAUGAAAAGCUCACUGUAUCGCUGCACAGCUCUGCCCUUUCUCCCAGCCUCGCAAGUACCAAAUUGGGAGUAAUCAGCUCGGAAGACUUGCCUCUACACUAUAGGAGGAGCGUUGAAAUAGCCAGUGGUUUGGAAACGUAUGAAAGGGUUCUGCAUCACUCCUUGGGCUUUGCCAAUCCAGCAGUGGUUGAGUUUCUGGUAGGCAAGCUGGGACUUAGUGAAUCCAGCCCACCGUCCUUAAUGAGAAGACUCCAAAGCAAAAAUUUCAAUGAAGAGGAUUUUGCCCCUGCAUUGAGAAAAAGGCAGUCCGCCUCAUGGGCCUUAAAAUGUGUAAAAAUUGGGGUCGAUUAUUUUAAAGAGGGCCGUCAUGUAGAUGCCAUGAAUGAAUACAACAAGGCCUUGGAGAUAGACGCACAAAACGUUGAAGCCUUAGUAGCCCGUGGGGCCCUAUACGCAACAAAAGGAAGCCUAAAUAAGGCAAUUAAUGAUUUUGAAAUUGCCUUAGAAAACUGUCCCACCCACAGAAACGCAAGGAAAUAUCUCUGUCAAACGCUCGUCGAACGGGGAGGCCAGUUGGAAGAGGAAGAUAAGCUGCUAAAUGCUGAGAGUUACUACAAGAAGGCUUUAAGCAUAGAUGAGACCUUUCAAGAAGCUGAGGAUGCCUUGCUGAAACUUCAUAAGCAGAUGCAGAAAUCUUUGGAAAUGAGGGAGAAACAAGCCGCUAAAGAAGAGAGGCAGAAGGAGAAGAAAAUAGAGACAAGCGUGGAAAAACUGCGUAAGCUCUUAAAAGAAGAAAAAAGGUUGAAGAAGAAAAGAAAGAGGUCAACUUCCUCCUCCUCUUCCUGUGAUUCUUCAUCUGAUGAAUCCACUUCCUCCUCCUCCUCCUCCUCUUCUGAUCACAAAAAGCGCAAGAAAAGGGAUCGGAACCGGUCCGAAUCCUCGCGCAGCUCUAAACACACACCUAGGAGUUCCUUAAAUCAGAGUAGGAAAGACGACUGCUAUUCUCCCCCAGCCAAUACCUCCGCUUCCUUCCUUAAUCAAAAGCACGAAAUGGAGAAACUGCUGGAGAAGCAGGACAGGUUAGCUUAUCAGAAGCUAGAAGGGAGAGACAGAAACCGGUAUCACUGUCUCUUGAGGACUUCCGCUGAGGAUGAGGAAGCUUACGGAGGUAGGUCUGAAGAUUCCAGGGAUUCUUAUAGCAGUUCCAAGGCUCAGGCCAAUAGUAGCAAAACCGAAAAACAGGGUAAGGUAGACAGAAUCCCCUUUGAUAGGAGGGAUAGCGCUGGUUCCCAUCGCAGAAAGUCCGACGACAAGAACAAGGCACACUAUUCGGGAAAGUCAGACAAAGAUGGGGGGAGGAAGGACCAGUACCGGAAACACAGCCCAAGCCAAACGAGGUAUUGCACUUCUCCAGCAGGGUCCGAUUACUCCACCAAGUCGGCUGAACAUUACAGGCAGUACACCAGCCGCUGGAUAAAUGAGUCCAGCCAGUACAGCGCCGACAGCAGCAGACCCCAGUUAGCACAGAGCGAGCGAGAGAGAGAACCUAAGAGCAGGGAAAGAGAUUAUGUCCAAGCCAAAGAGGGAGACGAGGAAGCUGCCCUCAACGGCAGAGAGCAGUCAGGAAGUGGCAGCAGGAAGAACCUGCCUCAGAAUCUCCUCAACAUAUUUAACCAGAUAGCUGAGUAUGAGCGAGAAAAAGGAAGCAAGCAGAAAAACCAGUGAAUUCCU